AUGUUUUAUAGAGAUAAUUUAUUAGAUUCUAAUAGACAGUGUGAUUGUAAAUUUUGUGAAUAUUAUAAAAAACAACAAUUAGAACAUGAAAAUUUUCAAAUCUCAAGUUUUUUUGAAAAAAGAAUCGAUCGAAAAUUCGAACAAAAUCAACAAAUCCAACAAAUUCAACAAAUUCAACAAAUUCAACAAAAUUCUUCAACAAGAGAAGAAAUAUUCUCUACACAAAUGUCAACUUUAGAUUAUUCUUUACAAUAUCAGUUAAGAAAACGUCAACAACAAGAAAAAUUUAAACAACGUAGAAAAAAAUUUGUUGAAAAUGAAAAUAAUUUCUCUAAUAACUUACAACAAUUUAUUUCAUUAUAUAAAACUUCCGAUUAA